AUGGAUCGUGACGAGCUUGUUGAGAGGGCCCUGGAGGUCUAUAGAAGCAUUCCGGAAUGGGGUGAAACGUAUCUGUCUCGAGAGGAUUGCCUUGUGGCUGUUGGUAUGCCUGAGAAAGAUGCAAUGCUUGAGGCAGUGAAAAAACAAUUCGACCGACGACGCCAAGGAUUGGAGCAACGCUAUGGAAGACCGGAACUGGAAAACACUGUCGAAGCAAACACCAAGCGAGCAUUGUUCAUGUGGAAGAGCAUUGUUGAGCAUCCCACCACGGGAAGGAAGCCAACCCAAGCAUACGCGAUGGAGUUAGCUGGAUUCAAGAAAGAGGACCGAAAAGCCGGUGCCAAGUACAUGAAAGUCAAACGAGCAAUCGACUCAUACCGGAAGAAAGCACAAGCACAAGAACAAGAACAACCUAUGCCCGCCCAUGAUCCAGUAGCUAGGGCAACGCAACCCCCCGCUGCAGCUCCAACUCUGGCUCCCGUUCCAAGGGCAGCUGCCGCCAGGCCGAGGCCAGUCCUCUCUGUUGAAUUUGACGUCGACAGCGACGCUGGUGCAAUCUUGUCCCCCAUAUCAACUCUUGGUGGUCCUACAGAGCGUUCUGUCGUAUCGUUUGAUGAGGAUAAAGAGGAGGCCUCUUUCUUCAACACCCCACCAGACUUUCGAAACAAAGAAAUGAAAUUGCUCUUUGACAGUGUCUAUUUAAGGCGGCUCAAAUUGAAAUUCAAUCAAGAUGCGAGAUCGACAAUAUCCGCAAAUCUGUUUUCAAGGCAGCUACUGUUAUUUACAACUCGGUCCGGUUGA